GAUAUUAGAUACAAAAGUUGAAAUUCUUGCUAAAAUGUGUUUGGUAAACAUCUUUGUAUAUAUUUUAUAACUGCCUUGGGAUGAGUGGUGUUUGGCGCCCCCUACUGGUUGCCUAUAAAUAAGAGGGGAAACCGGAAAUUCCACACAGACGGUUUUGCACUCUUAUGUGGUAAGUCAUCAGGUCUGGUUCUCCUCUGACUUGUUUUUGUGAUUUUGUUCGGGGACUAAAUUGGAGUGUUGUUGCAGUGCACAGAGAACAGGUGGACUAGUAGGGGAGGCUGACGGGAUGUUUUUGUCGACCACUCAUUGCAGGUUGUAAAAUAAACCACUUACAAUCCAACCCACUGUCCACGCGAGUCUGUAUGACAGGACCGGUAAAAAGGAAGCUGUUACAUUGGUGCCGUGACCCGGAUUUCAAUCAAGCUCAUCGAACCUGUGACCGUCCUGUCUGCUACAUCGGUUUUUGAAGACAUCAGUUCACAUUGUGUAUGGGUUCAUGUUCACAGCUGACACAGUAGCAUUAUAGUGCAGUGUAAAGAUAUUUCUAUACACUGAGAAUCUUUAUGUGCCAUUAGAGUAAUAUUUUGAUUUGUUUUGUUUAUUAUUCGUUUAUUCCAAGUUGGUGAUUUUAUUUCCUAUUGUGUUUUAGAUUCUGAAAAUUUUUUUUCAUUUGUUAAACUCCUGAACAAUGUCUAAUCAAAGUAACCACUGUUGGUAUAGCACACCCAUUAGUAUUGGUAGAGGAAGAGGUGUGCUUGCUCCCAUUCCUUUUUCUGUUGAUAGUCCUGCUCCUAGUGGUCUUAUGGCCUCAUUAGAUGAAAUUCCUAGUGCUAGAGUCCAUAAUCCUGUUGACUGUUAUACCAGAACACCUAUGCCUAAUAUCACACCAACACCGAACCCUACUAGUGACAGUUCUGAGUGUGUAACUGCCCAGAUGAAAUCUGUUAUCCAAGAGAUAGGACAUCAGCUUGCUGACAGCAUCAUUUCACGCAUACAGCCACAUAACACAGUUGCUCCCAGUUCUACAGCCACACAAACUGUAGCGAGCAUUAUGGGUCAGUCCGGUUGUGUAUCUGAUGUAUCGCAGGUUCAGGUUGUCAUGCAGAGAAAAGUCAAAGAACCUCCAUGUUUUGCAGGUAAUGGCUCAGACUCCAUUACAGUGCAUGACUGGGAAGAUCAGAUGAGAACAUUCAUUAGGAAAAGUAAUGUUAAGAUUGAAGAGCAGGCUGAUGAAAUUCUUAUGCAUCUGAGGGGAAAGGCUAAGGACGUAGUUAAGUUUGGGAUUAGAAAUAGUAACAUUAACAUUACUGCUCACCCUGACAUGAUUUUUAGUCUCCUCAGAAAACACUUCAGCUCUACUAAGUACUCUGCUGUCCCCUUAGCUGACUUUUAUUCGACCCUUCCCAAAGACCACGAAGACCCAUAUGACUACUGGCUGAGACUAAACAGAGCAGCUGACUUCGCCUCUGACUGCCUGAGAGAACAGGGCAAAUUAUUUGAAAACCCUGAGAUGGAGGUGACACGUAUGUUUAUUAGAAAUUGUCCCUGUAAAGACCUGACUCUCACUUUCAGGUCCAAAACUAUUGAUAAGUGGUCAGCGUGUGAAGUCCUGGAGGUGCUGAAUGAGUACCAUGCUGAGGUGAGCUGUAAAGAAACUUCCCCAGUGCACCACGAGAAGACAGUGGACAUUAAAGUGCACAAAGCAGAGGUAGGCCAUGGCUUGGUCCCUACACACAACAGUCAGGAGUACUCCCAGACACACAGCCCUCAGUGUGUCUCCCUGACAGAUGUAAUGUUCAUGUUAGAGAAGGUUCUGCUGCAUGGAGCCUCUGAUCAAUCACAUGUAAGAAGGCGAACUCCACCCAGGCGACCUGUAGACAAUACAGACAAAAUUGAUGGUUUCACAAUUAAACCAUGCAUUAUUUGCAAAGCUGACAACCACAGUGCCUUGUCACAUUGCCGAGAAAACAGGCUCUGUUUCAAGUGUUAUGCUCCAGGCCAUUCACGCCACAACUGCCCAACUAAAAGAGCUGCCCCAGAGCAUCAGGAAAACUGACUGGUCUGCACAC